AAAUAUCCCCCUGCAAUGCAACCAUCCAGCAGACAGCAAGAAACAGGUCUUCACAAAGGGAUUCCCACCAUCGUCAUCAUGAACGUUGUCUUUGCUGUUUUCCUUUGCGCUGCCAUCUUGCUCGGGACUGGCAUUCAAGGAGUCCCAACCACUGGGAAGGGGCGUUGCAUGUGCCCAUCCACGGGUUCUAACGUCCACUGGAAACAUUUGAGAAAAGUGGAAAUAUUCCCAGCAAGCUCUUCCUGCGAUCGUGUGGAGAUCAUUGCUACACUGAAGACCUCUGGAGAGAGGCAGUGCCUGGAUCCAGAUUCUAGAGCAGCGCAAGUCAUGUUGGCAAGGAUUGCACAAAACAGGGCUUCAGCAAAUGCGGGCAGGAGAAGAAAAGGAGCGGCUGGCAGGAGCUCCCCGCAGUAGAGCCAUGGACGGAGACCUGAUUUUGCUCACCUGCUGGAUUUCUUUGGCAAAGGUGGAUGACGAAAAGUCCGACGAAUUUCUAUCGCUAGGAUCGUGUUCCUUUUCAAAACCACAGCUGCAAUGCCUGUCGUGUGCACUGGGCUUGCACUGAUCUGGCAAAAUCACUUCACUGAACCUCUUCACAUCUGGUUCUUGAUACAACAGCUGUGCUCGUAUAAUGGCUAAGAAACUAAGUGUAAGCCAGAAAGUUCUUUGCACAAAACCUUUUGAGUCGGCUUGCGGUUCUCUCUAGGCUUCGGAGUCUGCAAUUUGAAUGUGUCAGCCCUGUCUUCAUAGGUGUAUUGUGGCAUUACUGAUAUAUGUUAGUCUGAAGCUUUUUUUAAUAAGCUAAAAUACUGGUUUGUGCAGAAGGGAAUUUAAGGAAGCCGUUGUCGCCCCCUGCAGGCCAUAUCGCAGUAUUUCUCUCCUCCUCUGUGGCAUAUGAAUAAACUUUACAGAUUCUUCAAGACGCGUUCCCAUUAAAAUUUGGUUUACAAAUCAGCGUCUUAGGGUGUGUAAUGUUGCCUCUUGGGGGGACUCAGUUCUCAGGUGUACAUAUUGUUAAUAGUGCUAUGUAACCCAGAUAUGUAGUUUUCCUCUUAGGAACUUUUUUUGAAAAAUAAUUAGAAUGCUUGUGAGGAAGAGCUCGUGAUGGAUAGAAAAUGUUGACCACUAACCCUUUUUAUUAUAAAAUGUGCAUAGUUUUUAAAAGUGGUCUGUUUUACAAGUUUUUGGGUUAAGGGUGGGGUUUUUUUGGUUGUAUAGUCUUAUUUUCAUUAUUAAACAGUUUCUGCUUUA